CCGGCAGCGCACGGCGGCCGCGGCGGCGGGAGCGGGGAAACGGGAAACCGGGAGCAUCGGGGAAGCGGGAGCAGUGGGGAGGCGCAGCACCGGGGAAACGGGAGCAUCGGGGAACCGGGCAACCGGGAAGACUGGGAGCCACAGCGCCGUGGAAACGGGAAGCCAGAGAACGGGGAACACCGGGGAAACGAGAAACCGGGAGCAUCAAAGAAUCGGGAGCAAUGGGGAGGAGCAGCACCGGGUAACCGGGAGCACUGGGAGCCGCAUUACCGGGGAAAAGGGAAACCGGGGAACUGGGGAGCCGUGGGCACCAGGAAACCGUGAGUACUGGGAAGCCGCAGCACCAGGGAAACGGGAAAAUGGGCAACCGGGGAGCGGGAAAACCGUGGGAACUGGAGAACCGGGAGACGCAGCAACCGAGAAACGGGAACCCAGGGGACAGGAAAACCGUGGGCAUCAGGGAACCGGGACUACCGAGGAACCGGGAAGCCACAGAAUCGGGGAAACGGGAAACCAAGGCACCCGGGAGUCGUGGGAACCGGGGAGUGGUGGGUACGGGAAAAGCGGGGGCACGGGGAAAGGGUUAACCGUGGGCACUGGAGAGCUGCAACACUAGGAACAUAGGGAAACAGGUAACCAGAGAGCGGGAAAACCGGGCACCGGGGAGAGGGAAAACUGUGGGCACCGGGGAACCAGGAGCAUCGGGAGUCACAGCAUCGGGGAACCGGGAAGCCAUGAGCAUCGGGAAACGGUAAAACUGUGGGCAUCCACAAGCCGGGACCACCUGGAAGCCGCAGCAUAAGGAAGCUGGGAAACCGAGAGCAUCAGGGAGCCAGGAAAUCCUGGAUAUGGGAGAAUGGGGAGGACCAGGCACCUCUGGCACAGGGGAACCGGGAGCAGCAUGCAGCCGGGAACUGAGAGAGCACUGGGCAGCCACAGCACCGAGAAGCCGUAGCACUGAGGAACUGGGAGGACUGGUCAGCCGCAGCACCAGGGAACUGGGAGCACCAGGAUCAGACCUGGCACAGGGCCUCCUGCAAGGCCAGGCACUGGGUGUGGGGAGCAGCACCAGGCCGUGGUGGGGCGUGGGGUGGGUCAGGAGGGGUGAGGGGACCAGAGGGCCCCCAGUGACAGCAGCUGCUGCAAAGGGAAACACCAGGACACCCCACCCCAUUCCAAUCCCAGGUGUCGACUUCAAGAUGAAGACCAUCGAGGUGGAUGGGAUCAAGGUGCGGAUACAGAUCUGGGACACAGCCGGCCAGGAGCGGUACCAGACCAUCACCAAGCAGUACUACCGGCGAGCACAGGGCAUUUUCCUGGUGUACGACAUCAGCAGCGAGCGCUCCUACCAGCACAUCGUGAAGUGGGCCAGCGACGUGGAUGAGGUGGGGGUUCACGAGGGGAGGUCUGGAGGUUCCCCAGCCGUGUGGGGGUGGGGGGUCCUUACACUGUUCCCCCGCCCAGUACGCACCCGAUGGCGUCCAGAAAAUCCUCAUCGGGAACAAGGCGGACAAGGAGCACAAGAGGCAAGUGCCCAAAGAGCAAGGGCUGCAGCUGGCCAGGGAAUACGGGAUGGAUUUCUACGAGACCAGUGCCUGCAGCAACCUCAACAUCAAGGAGUCCUUCACACGGCUGACGGAGCUGGUGCUGCAGGCGCACCGCAAGGAGCUGGACGAGCUGCGGGGGCUGCCCCGCGCCCCCACACUGGUCCGGCUGGAGGAGGACGAGCAGCAGCCCCUGGGGAGCGAGGACACCCCCAAAACCUGCUGGUGUUGAAGGCUGGGACCCCCUGACCCCUCCUGCCCAGGCUGCGUCAGGGGGCAUGGUAGGGGCAGGACUGAGGCAGCCCCCAUAGAGUGGGGGGACAACACGGGACACCCCCAGGGACAGGGAACGUGGCAAGGGGGGCCUCCCCAUCCUGGCACCUGUGCCCUCCUCGGCUUGCGGGUAGGGUGGGGGCUGUCCAGGCACUGUGUGCCCACCCUGUGCCACCCCGUGCCCGUGGGACCCCCGGUUUUACACAGUGGUUUGCAGAAUAAAGGUCAUGCUGGAGGGGCUGGUGGUCUGUGUGCUCCAGGGGGGCUGUGGGCAUGAUGCCAUGGCGGCAGGCACAGCCUGGGCAUGGACACCCGAGCGGUGAUCAAUAAUUGAGGGUGAUCUGGGGCUGUCAGCAUGGUGUCCCCUUUCCAGGCUGGGCACAGGGACAUGGGGCAUGGUGCUCAUGGAGUGCCAUGGCCACCACCACAGCCUGCCAGGCUACCAGCUCAGCCCCUCAGCCCCAGCUGUGGGAACAGGCACGAAAACUUGGUGGCGGCACUGGGAUGAGCCAGCAGCGGGAUGGUGGCGGGCUGGGAUGGGUGGUUACUGGGAUGAUGGUGGGCACUGAGAUAGUGGAACCUACAGGGAUCUAGGUGGACACCAGGAUGCUGCCAGGCACUGGGAUGGGCACCACAUGACAAUGGUGGGCACCACAGCAGAUAGGCCCAAGGGUAGAGCUGGUACUGGGACCAGUGGGCUGCAGGACUGGUGGGGACUGGGAUGGGCAGCACAGGAGGACCCAGAGGUGAUGCCAUGGCAGCACCCGGCAAGGAAGAAUACUGGGACACUUGUCCCCUCCUCCUCUGCCCCACAGAGCCCCAGCUCCUAGAUUCCUGUUAUUCCCUGACUCUCGUUAUUCCCCAAC